AUGUUCUACAGCCAUGAAAUCCUCACAUCACCAGAGCAUGGUGUCGCGACAAUAUGGCUAGUUGCAACUCUAGGAUCCCGGUCCAUUGCUAGAAGACUAAACCGAAAAGCGAUCCUGGAUGUGGAUGUCCCCAAUGCAUGCCGAGUUAUCAUCAAUCCCGAAGCCCCCAUGGCUCUUCGACUGCAGGGGAGCUUGCUUUACGGAGUCUCUCGAGUGUAUAAUCAACAGUGUGGGUACACGUUGCUUGACACACAGGCCAUGCACGACAAGAUGGUCUCCAAGUUGAAGAUUAUUCAGGGAAGUGGGCUUGAUCCCACUGCCGGACAGACCAGACCUAGCAAUCUGAUCCUACCUUACGACCCAUCUUUCCUGCCCGAGACAGCCCUCCCGGGACUUGAGAUUGACUUGUCCUACUUCACUGCCACCACGGAUGACAGCUCAACCCAGCUCAGCGGUCUUUGGACCAAGUCGCCCAGUAAUAGCUUGUCUGGCACUUCACAACUUUCAAGCCUGCGCCUUGAGCUCCCAUCGGAUGAUAUCCUAGGAGACGGUACUAUCCUUGGACUUGAUGAGAUCAAUGAGUCUGCGCAGAAGAAAGACGCCUUUAGCAACAUGACGGGGCUAGGGUUAGGCAAUGAAGAGGGUGUUCUCCUUCAACCUGACUUUGAAUUUGACGAGGAUGGCAAUAUCAUCGAGCUUGGUGACAGAGUGUCCCCACGUACAAGGAAGUCCACUGUUGGUCCGAGGGAAAGCGAAGGACCGAUAGACGACAAACAACACCAGCUCCGUGCAGACUCUAUGCAGAUUGACAACGAGGAAGUCAGAGUGACUGAUACCAACGAUAUGAUGGAGCUCGACGCCCAAACUGCAGAUCCGGCAAUUCUCCAGCGAAAUGAAAGCCUUGAUAGGAUUGAAGAAACAAUUGAGAUUCCACCAGUGAGGACGCGCCGGGUCAGGCGCCCAAAGGAGAUCAGCUAUGAUGAUACCACAGCGCUUCGAAAUAUGACGUUGGCUCAAUGGAACAAUGAAUACGUUGCCAACAUGAUCGAAGCAAUGAAGCAAAAGCAGCAAAAUAAGAUUCCAACCAUUUCAAAGAAGAAUGCUGCUUUCUGGGUCUUCGGCCAGGGGAUCGGCUCGGUUGGAGUCGGACUGGGAAUAGACCAUGAACCUCAUCCGCUCAACCUCUACUCGGGCGAGAAUCUCUUUGAAGCCGUUGGUGGAUACCCUCAACGAAAUCGGCGAAAGCGCAGCGCAGAUGACGAUGAAGGUUCCGUGGGACGUCGAGUACGCGCGAGAGACGAACAAGCAGGACAUCUCAGCCGUGAGAACAUCGACCGUCUCAACAUGGAAGUUGAACUCGGCCGUGAUGCCCCUUCGAGUCUAUUCGAUGACCACUCAUCCCAGAUGCCAUGGAAUAUCACCGCCUCUAUUCAAAGUUCUCGACAAAGACAUCGAGUCGGCAGUGUCAGCGAGCUUUCUUCACAGGGACGCAAGGCCCGAAGCCGUCUGACAAGCGCCAGUCCCCUUGCCGGGCGCAGCUAUCUCGAGGGCCAGGACCGGCUUAGCGCCGAGCUACUGGGAGAGUUCGGGGACGACCUAGAUCUCACCCGAUAUCUCGAAGGCGAGCUUGCGACAGACCGCGAGAAGAUCAGCUCACUGUCGCCAAGCAAGCGCUCUGCUCUCGAACAUGCCAAGUCAACUCUUGAUCGGGAAAGCUUGAACUUCAUAGAAUUCAUGAAGAACAAGAUAGGUACUGCUAAUGGCGAAGUAGGAACCACACAAAGCCCAAACAUCAACAUGUCUAGCCCGGUCCGGGCCAGACUUGGUCAGACGAAGUUCGCGAGUCUUCUCCCUCCUGAGAGUACGACCCGAGCUGUCGCGACUCAGGCUUUGAUGAAUGUUCUCACUCUCGCUACAAAGGGUGUGCUGCAUGUCCAUCAGGAUGGGUACGUCGAUGAAAGUACCGAGUGGGCAGUCCGUUAUCGCUAUGGCGAGAUUUUCCUGCGACUAUCUGGAAUGUGA